UAGCAUUAACUCAAUGACAUUGCCCAAGCAUAAGAUUCCUCUAGAGUGAUCAACUGAAUCUAAUUCCUUUAGUGGCCAACUUGAUUAAUCCUUUACAAAAUGGGGUUCCCAAGAAGUAAUUUAUCAAUUACCAUUUCAAUAUCAAAAUGGGACUAUCAAAAUGGGAGGAAGAUCUUCUCAAGAAUGCAGAUGCUGUUAUGGAUAAGUCCCCAAUGGAAGACCUCUAUGCUGGUGUGUUCUUUAACCAAAAUAGAAAGAAGUAUUGGAUUGACAAGGCAACAUUUGGCAACUGCUUCAUGGUUUUUGCAAGGGACUUUACAGUAGCAUGGGGUAGUGACAAACGUUAUUGGGAUUGGCCAAGCAUUAAAGAAACAAGUGAGGUGUUUAUAGAUGUUGCGGAAUUGCUAAUGGUUUGUUGGUUAUCGGUGAAGUCGAAAUUUGACACAGCCAAUUUAACAGCAGGAAUGAAUUAUGAAGUUGUAUUUGUGAUGAUGAUUAAAGAAAAUAGUCGUGGGUGGAGUGCUCCAGUCACUUUCACACUCAUCCUUCCAAACGGAAACAAACAACAACAUGAAGAAAGCUUGCUUAAAAAGCCAAGAUCGCAGUGGUUUGAGAUUCAGGUGGGUGAGUUUAUGGUGGAACCAAAAAACGAUGGAAUUAUCGAGUUCAGUUUGAGUAAAAGUAAAGAGAAUUGGAAGACAGGUUUAGUCGUCAAAGGUGGUGCUAUACCUACAAAAGGAAAGAAAGUGACACUGAUUGUGAGAAAUGUUAAUGAUUUAAGCCGUGAUGUCAUAAAGUCUGACACUGCAAGUGUAAAAAUCCCGGAGAUUGAUUUGGAGCUUGCAGGUGGCACGUUAGGAGGUCUUGUGAUAACUGUCGAAGGUUUAGUCACCAAAAUCAACGAAAGUCUUGAGAGAGUACACGGGUUCACUUUUGGAGAUAGUCUUGAUGAGGAUAGAAGAAGCAAAUGGCUUGACUUCAAAGCCAGACUCCUCAAGCUUCUGAAUAUAGAAGAAACUUGGACACUGAUCUUAGACAAUGCUCUGGAAAACUCUUUCAUUGCACCAACAACCUAUGAUAUUAAAGAUGACUUUCAGUUAACUUUUGAAUACGAGAGAUCAUGGGAACAUAACAAGGAGUUGGGAUUGAAUGACAUGGACACCUCUUUUGUUGAUGUGGCAUAUGCUUCAUGA